AUGUCUUCUCAAGAGCACUUGCGAAUAUUGAAUCCAACAUACGAAGCUGAGCACAAUGAUUUCCCACAAUUCCCAAAUCUCCCCGAGGAACUCCGUGUGUUAAUAUGGGAGCAUUCAUUACCACGCAACCGGAUCGUCAAGGUCGAAGUACCGAGUGGCUGGAUUACCAAGGACGAGAUAUGUCUAGCAAGAGGCCAUCAUAUACUCAGCAAGCUUCUUCGAGUUAAUAGAGAGUCGAGGCAAGCCGUGCUUCGUUUUUAUCGGAUACAUAUACCUUGUACGCUCAAAAAGGGCCAACAAAGAAAAUAUGGGAUUCUCCCAUUUAACCCCGAAUUCGAUAUUCUACAAAUCAGAGUGCCGCCGCGUAGAAGUCUCUACUUUUCGAACUUCAUUUGCAAGCUGAAGAGCUUGGAUCCUCAUGGAGUUGGCGUUACUAAAUUGGGGUUGGAUGCUGUCGAUAUGAUAUGCAUCAAGAAUUGUACGGAUGUGACCAACAUGGGUGAACAGCGGCGCAACGAUUUUACUGCUACUAUCGCGCAACUUGAUAAGGUCUUCUUUAUAGACAUUGACAAUUUCGGUCGUGUCUGCGGUAGUGAGGUGUCAGAUAUCGUGGACAAGGUCGAAUUCCAUAGAUCGAUUCCUAUAGCGCCCAAGACACCGGCCUUUGACAUCAUGGCAUCCGAUCCGAGACCUAUCCAAGGAGACUUAAAACACGUUUAUUUCAAGCGGGAUGAUCCUCGUCGGAUGAUGUUCAACUGGCGCGAGAUGCUUCAUUUAUGGGAGAUACCGCAUUCCUCAAUGACCACCUCUUAUCACUUCCUCAUGGCCUCUCGGGGGUGUUCCGAGACGAUGUUUCCCAAGGAGCCGAUACAUAAGGUAAUGGAUCGUGCGGACGCCGAGCGGUGGUUGCGUGCGGAGGAUAGGUUUUGGGAAAAACUUGUCAAAAACCUCAGCUUCAUCGACGAGUUUAAGGCACGUGUAGAAGAGAUUAGAAGUGAUGAGGAGCUCGCCAAGGCAUCCUCGAUAAGCAAUGCGGUUGGCUACUGGAUGUUUCCGAUGGAUGCACUGGGAUCGUUGAAGGAGUCUGAAUUUUUAUCACCAAUUCGGCAGGGGCCAUAA